AUGCCGUCGUCUACUGUCUUCUCGUACUGGCGCCGAGACCAUCGGCGUUCGUCUGCCUCGCCUGCUUCAAUCCCUGCGCUGUCAGCUGUCAAAGUAGCAAAUGGGAGUCCGACUACCAGCCCUCCCCAGCUCCCAGACAUUCCAGAUACACCGACACUCACAACUACCUUUGACGGUCGCCCCUCACCCGAUGGCCCCUCCUCGAACGAGUCGCCGCCGGACAUCGAUACUUCCAAGCUUAACAUCAGCUCAUCGGUCGCACCGCUAUCCUCCUCGCUCAAUCUUGGUGUUCCAUCGCAGGCAUUUGAAAAAGAAAGUCGUCCUCAUUCCAGCCCCGGUGACUGCGGGGAAGAACAAUUUACAUCCCAGUCGAAUAAUUCUCAACUGUCUGUGACGGUUCUGCGUUCUGACCAAGGAGACGUAGAGUCGAAUUUCAAACCAAGCUCGCCCUUUCGACGUUCAUUUGCCAAGCAGAAACGAUCGCCAACUGCCGUAACGGGGUCGGGUCAUUUCCGGUUUAGAUCCUCAUCAGAAGAUUCGCCGGCGGAUAAACAAACAAUGCCACCAAAGGAUUUCAAGAUGGAUGGUAGCACAAAUGUCCGGCGCACUGGAGAUCGUGAUGUGUCCGUAGAACAGACACAUCACAAGUCAGGCAAGGCAAUGCUCCAUCUCUUGAAUCCGAUGUCCCUACUUGCGCGCAGGCGCUCCUCGCAGAUCGUUAGCUCACGGGCAGAAGACCUCAAACUCAAUAACCGGAAUGUUCCUGCUAUACCAGAUGACUACGACCCCAGAAUUCGUGGAAAGAUUGUUCAUGACUUCUCGGCGCCCCGGCCUCGCCGUAAUCUUUCGGCUACCCAGCAUGAUAUAAUUGUGAAUGGACAAGACACUUCACCACCACACAUACCCACGCAACCUCGUGGCGCCCGUUGGAAUGACCAGGCAAAACGGUACAGUGAUCAUUCGCCUGUUUUCAAGGAACAUUUUGAGGACCAGAAUGUUUUACAGGUGGAGCACAAGGGUUAUCUUCAGUCUUCACUUUUAACAGGCCAGUCACAGCCUGGAAAUGACAGCUCGUUACCUGUCUUUGCGCGGAACUUGCCUUCUCAUCUACCAGAAAGAACUAUAGACAUUUCGGAGCAGCUUGAACCUGGGGUGGCGGAACUUCUCUCAAGCCCACCCAAAGCAACCUCCCAUGCUCAUCCUCAGCACCCCCAAGACCAAGAUACUAUUCCUAAUGCCCCCUUCAAUCCCUCAGCCAUACCGAAACAUCUCAAGAGCAAUGCCUCUCAAUUCAGCUUCGAUAUGAGCGGAGUAGAUUCAUCCUCGCAAGAGAAAAUGCUGGAAGAGAAGCAUAAGGCCAAGGAAGCCUCUCGCAGAAUGGAGGAUGGAUAUUUUGAUGACUUCGACGAGGACUUUGAUGAUGACAUGAUGGAUGAUCUGGAUGGUCUGGAAGAAAGGAUUCCCGGCGUCAAUGCAGAUGCCGAAGAUGAUGAUUUCGAUGAUUUCUCUAUUUCGCGAAAUAUCAACGAGACAAAGUCCUGGGCUGUCCCGGGAUUGUCACCUGUCGCUGAUAGCCCGAUUACUGCUGCACAGCCAGAUCCCACAACCGCUUCUUACUUUACCUCUCAUCUCUCUGAGGCCACACAGUUAAACGAUGGCCCCAACCGUCAACUACCACAGGAACAACCGUCUCUACUUGCCAGAACUGAUGCGAUAUCAACCAUUCCCCAGGCUCCGAUUGCUAAACAAGCGGCUUCAAUUCUUGAUGAUGAUGAUGAUGAUGAUGAUCUUUAUUUUGAUGACGGCGAUUUCGGAGAACUUGAUGCCGAGAACCAAGAUGGUGGAUUUGAUGAAUCUAUAUUUGAUGAUGUAAACAGUCAUUUAUACGAAAGAAAACUGGUCAAUGCCCCUGUGGCACCUUUGCCAAUGGACAGUGCAGCCCCUGGCGGGAAUGACGCUUCAGCAGAGAAAGAAAGCCCCGUGGUAGAAAGAGGCGUCCAAGGACUGCAGCACAUGCCAAGUGUGGCCAGUGACUAUCGGGUCACAGGAUCGGUCAAGCGUGGUCCCCUCGGCGAACCAAUACCAAAUAUGGGCCCUGCCCGUGCCCACGGUGGUGUGCUCACAGAGCAAAACCUAGAUAUUUUGCACAAUGCUUUAGCUUUCGCAGCCAACGAAGCAGCGUAUAGUGGGCGCUUCGAGCGCAAGUUUAGCGUGAGCGAAAGAUCACAGGGUCAAGACAGCGCAGCUCAAACAUCACAGACAAUAGACUCGCAACCGGGUCUGAUUUCUGACGACAGCCGGAUCAGCCAAGCUGCGGAUGCCAUGGCCUUCGAAGAUGUCUUCGAUGAUCACUUCUACGAUAAUCAAUUCUAUGAUGAUAACGAUGAUUCGUACUUGGACGACGCAAUCGUUGCUGCUGCUAACGCCGAAGCUCUCGAGAACGAUGAGGAUGGCUUCUACGGCCAAGAGUUUGGCUUCUACGCACAAGCAGAUGGCAACGGCACAUCUGAACUAACCAACGGUGGAUACUUUGGUCCGCGACGGGUCGGAGGCAUCACGCGUAAUCACAGCAGCCGCGGCAAAUUCCAGGAGCCCAGCUUGACCCCGAUCACUGAACGAAGUGAAUGGAGUACACGCAAUUCUAUGAUCUCGGUCAAGGCCCACGGCGGUACUCAUCCAAAUUCAGCUAUAGCGAGCCCUGGGCUGGCGCAGCUGGUUGACAUGGGCAAUCUCGACGAUGACAUGUCGCUGAGCGCGCUCAUGAAGCUACGCCGGGGAGCCUGGGGUGGGAGCAACGGUAGUUUGCGCAGCAGUGCAGGUAGUCCACCACCACAUACGAUCUCGCCCUCUCACCGUGCAAGCUUAAAUGGUGCCGAGGCAAGCCCAACAGUAUCUGAGUUGAGACCUUUCGGCCCUGAUGAGGGGGCCCCGAAUAGUGUCGGUUAUUUCUAUGACGACGCCCGUGCCGCUUCCGCAUUGUCGGGACGGCUAGAUUAUGAAGAAGUUCCCACCAGCGGACCUCCGCGACUUGAUGCCUUGUAA